UUUAGCUUCAAGUGUUUAUGUGAUUAUUUUAUACAGAAAUGCGGCCGAGGUCAGCUGUGGAGAGCUGGGUGUCAGCUUCAGCACAGACGCCUCAAAUCUCUAGUCAUUUUGAUUUGAGACCUAUGACACAAGGACUCACCAUCAUCCCUAGAGCCAAGAGUGCAUCUCGGCUGUCCUUAGGAGACUUUUCCAGGAGGAACACUCUCAAAUCUGACUCCGCCUCCUCUGUGCAGUCAGUGGCAGAUGAGAAUCUUUCUUUGGUGGACAUUGAGAAUCAACUGCUGGAAAAAGUCAAGGACAGAAAAGAUGACUUGAAGGCUGCUUUUGAAGCUUUUGACCAGGAAGGCAACAAAACUGUCACUAAAGGAGAGUUCAGACGUGUCAUCGAGGGGUUUCUUGUUCCGCUCACUCAAUCUCAGUUUGAGGGUCUGUUGGCUCAGCUUGACUUAAAAGAAAAUGGAACAGUUUCCUACAUGGAGUUUCUCAGAAGACACUGCAAAGUUUCAUCCGCAGUGGGCAGGAUUCCGAGCAAGAGUGGGAGAUACAGAAGCUUGUCACUUGGAGAACUACAGUGUCUACUGAAAGAUAAGAUCAGAGGCAAUUUGAAAAACAUCACCAGGGCUUUUCGACUGUUUGACUACAACAACGAUGGUCAGAUACAGCAACAUGAGCUUCGCAAAGUAUUGGAAGGAUACUGCUUUCCCAUGAGCCAGCUGGAAUUCCACAGACUGUGGUCACAUUACAGCGUGAAUAAUGGUGACACAAUAUCUUACAAGGAGUUUCUUGAGAAGCUUGGUGUUGACUGUGAAAACUAUCGAAAAAUCCCACCAGAUUCAGUACAACUGGCACUGAAUUGGGAUGCCGUCAGUCGCAGUACCACAAGACCUAAAAGUAAUACAAACUUAAGGAGUUUUUCAGCCAAAUCCAGAGACAACUUGGAUGACCUCCAGACUAGGUUUUUGAGCAAGAUAAAGAAGGACCAUAGCCUUGUUGAAAAAGCUCUGCAAGCCUUUGACAUUUCAGACAGUGGGUUUGUUUCUCCCGAGGAUCUCCGAUCAGUUCUCAGCAAUUUCCUCUUCACCAUGGAUGAUACUAUCUUCAGGGAAUUGUUGAAAAGAUUUGGGGUUAGCAGCACAGAGCCUGUCAAAUGGAAAAUAUUUCUUGGAUUGUUUAAAGAUGACACAACUGUUCAGAAAGAUUCUGUACCAGCAAUUGCAGACACAUGCAGUAUUGAUGCAAUUUUGUCCAAACUACGGCAACAUGUACUUAAUCAGCCUCUUCUGGACCCUGAUAAAACCACUACAGGAUUUAUCAGUAGAGAUGAACUAUUCAGAACUCUGGAAAAUAUAAAUCUCACCGAUGAGCAGUUCAAAGUUCUUGCUGAUUUCUUGGAUGUGGAUCAUACAGAUGCCAUAAAUUGCCAACAGUUCCUUGACUUCCUGCAUCUCCAAAAUCCAGUUGUGCAGACUUCAAAACUCAAUGAAAAGGAUCAAGCAAGAUUAAACUCAGCAACAACAGCACAGAAUGCGCAGAUUGAAAAGAUUCUGAAGGAGAAGAUUUCAGAAAACUAUGACGUGCUGAUGGAAUCAAUCACAAACACAACCCAAAACCAGAGUGACACCAUUUCUCCAGAAGACUUUAGGAGACUGAUCCAACAACACGUCCUACCGCUGUCUGACCACCACUUCAGCAAGCUUUGUGAACCAUUUUUUGAAGAUGGAAAUGUAAACUACAAACUGUUUUUGAAGAGUUUUGGUCGUCCAGAGAAGAUCGACAGCACCCUCAGUAUGAUUGAGAGGGAGGAAAAGGCACAUGAAGCUUCCAUACUGAACAUAAAAGCACAAGCAAUAAAGGAUGUUGUCUUGAGGAAACUCAAAGACAGGCUUCAGAGGGACGGGAUGACCCUUCAGGACUAUCUGAUGUCCAGCAGAAUCACAAAAUCUUCACUUAAUCUAAGAGAUGUCUGUAAAAUACUGGACGAUUGUGGUGUUUUCCUGGAAGGACACCAGUUUCAGAUGCUUAUUGAUUCCCUUGGUUUUAAUUUGGGUCCAGUUUCUGUUGCUGACUUCGUGGACAAAUACAAAGAAGUGACGAUGCCAGAAAAGGAUGAUAGUCAGACCAAAAAUGCUAAAUAUUCCACUCUUUUGACUGCUGAGGACUGUCUAGGUCAACUUAAAAAAAGGAUCAAGGAGUAUCAUGGGGAUGCUCUGACUGCUUUCCAUCUCAUGGACAAAAACCGAGAUGGUAUAGUAAAUCGGAUUGACUUCAGAGCUCUGUUUGACAGCCUGAUGUUUGUAACUCAAGAAAGGGAGUAUCAGAGAUUGCUCGACCUGUUGGGUCUUACACCUGGUGCCACGCUCAACUACACUGAGUUCUACAAAAAAGUCCAGUCUAGCGGAAAGAUGAAAUCACAUCACCACGAUGGCACAUUAAGGGGUGGAAUUCUUGACAGUGGAUGUGAUCAAGUUCAUGAGUACCUAGCAGCCAUUGCACACAGACGGCCUUUAGAGAUUUCAAAGGUCUUUUGUCACUUGGGUAACGACUGUAACAGCAUCAUGACCAAAAAUGGUCUAAAGCAGCUGCUUUUUAAGUACAGCAUGCCCAUCACACCAAAUGAGUUUGAAAUACUUUGGAGCAGAUAUGAUGAGGAGAGCAAGGGCUUUCUCACUCAGAAAGAGUUUUUAAGUAAGCUCAAAAUCACAUCAGAUGAAGAUCAGGAACAUCAGGAACAACCCACAGCAACACCUGAACUAGAAGUUAUGCUACAAAACCUGAGGAAGUGGAUCGGGAGUGACUUUGAGAGUGUUAGUGGAAGUCUUGUUGUUAUGGAUAAAAACAAAGAUGGACACGUGACUGUGACAGACCUGCUGUCUCUUCUACACAGACAUGGCUUUCAGCUAACAGAAGCAGAGUUUGCACAUUUACUAAGCCUACUUGGCUUUGACAGCGGUUUGAAGCAGCUGCCAUACCUUGAUUUCCUAAAGCAUCUUGUUGGUCCUCCGAUGUCUAGCUGGUCUGUAUUUGACCCUUCUCAAGGUCUGCCUGUGGCGUCUCCAGAAGAAAUGAACGAUGGAGAAGAGCUUAGCCCUGGAAGAGCCAUACAGAGAGUCAAAGAGCUGGUUACUACCUCCUCAGAUACUCUCUUCAAAGCCUUCUCUGCGUUUGAUAGGACUGGAGAUGGUAUGAUUCCACAAGCAGAGUUUCGGCAGGUGCUGGACCAUUUCUGUAUGCGUCUUUCUGAUGUGCAGUUUAAGAAGUUGUUGUCUGAGCUGAGAUUGAAUGAAGGAGAGGAGAUUGGGGUUGAUUGGAAAGAAUUUCUCCAAGUCUUCAACCUUCACACUGAAGAGACAGCAGAUGAAUGGCUGAAGAAAAUCCGUAAGAUGCGUUUUCCAAAUCAGACCCGAGCUUUAGCCAUUGGUGACAUUUUGAGGAGGGUACAGGAGGUUGUGUCAGCCCGCAUCUACACUAUAACACAGGAAAUGGUAGACCUCGACUAUGCCAAUACAAACACAAUCUCCAGAUAUCACUUUAAGACUAUCUGUGAUCGUCACUUCAUGAGGCUUACAGAUGAGCAGUUUCAAAACCUGUGGAAACUCCUACCAGUUAAUGACUUUGGAAAUCUGGAAUAUCGGGAAUUCCUGAAAAAGUUCAGUGGAGAACAGAAAGGCCUGGAAAAGGCUAAGUCAUUACCAGGUUCUGCAAGAUCUACAGUCGAGAGACCAGCAUCCCUCAGACGUCCCAAAACAGCACCCUGCUCCUUGAGACGCUCAACGUCAUCAGUCUCAGAGCAUGUUCAGAGGCCAUCCGCAGCGAGCAGAAGGUCUGCACCCCUGCUGAACUGUGAAGAUGUGGAGAUGAAGGUGCGUCCUAAGAUCCAGGGUUGUUGGAGGCACAUCCAGAGAAGAUGCAGACAUGCAGACCCUGAGCGGACAGGGGAGAUUGAUGUGGACGCCUUCCUAGGGAUCCUCCAGGAUCUCCACAUUGAGUUGAGUCCAUCUGAGUUUGAGCAGCUGACUGUCAAAUUCGACAUAAAAAGCAACGGCCGCGUCUCUUAUCCAGACUUCCUGCGGCACUUUGUGCUCAUGUUCAGUCCUGAGGUCAAUACUUCAUCCAACAGACUCAGACUGCAGCUGCCCAGAACACCAAUGAGUCCUGGUCCACUCAGCACACAGUGUGUUGAAGCCAUGCUGAGGAUCUCCAGGCCUGUCCAGCUCUUCUGGAGGCAAAUGAGGCAAACGUUCAUCUCCUUCGACAAAGAGCGCACUGGAAAGAUCUCGAUUCAGCACUUCAGAAAGGUUCUGAGACAGUUCAGUGUGAAUCUGUCAGAGGAAGAAUUGUUUCAUUUCAAAUCUUUUUUUGACAAGAACCUUUCAGGAAGGAUUUCAUACAAUGACUUUCUGCGCAUUUUUCUCAAAUGAGAUUUAUGCAUUUAUUGUUCUGCUUUUGUCACA